UUAGUAAAGCUCAUUCGGUUUAGCACAAUUUAUUGAUAUAAAAUUGGCAUUCUAACUAGCUGUAAUAUUAGUCCUCUGAGAAUAUUGUUGGGGAUUUGAAAACACAAAAUAUCUUUCCAACGGGGGGCGCUCUUUGAGUACCAAGCAACAGGCAUUCCGUGUUACUCACAUUCAAGAUAUUAACACUUUCUAAAGAGCAAAGGGGAGUUUCCAAAGUCAUCAAGUCCAUCCAACUUUGCCAUUUUCGGCCAGAGACCACUGAAAAUGACUCCCAAGAAGACUGCCGCUCCCUUCCUAUGGUUUUCCUUUUGCUUUGGGAAUAUUAUUGAGGCAGUGGUGCUGGGAUCGGUGCAGUACCCCUCUGAUAACGGGCUUCACUCACAUCUGGAUGCGCGCGGUCCUGCUGAAGACAGCACGAGCUCCACAUCUGUUCAUGUUCCGUCUUACAUGAUCUCUCUGUACAGGACUUUAUCGGAACUGGACCGACGAGGAGGCAACGGCAGCCAGACGCGCACCAGAAGAUAUGCCAACACAGUGACCAGCUUCAUGGACCUGGGACAAGAUGAGCUUUCCCUGAAGUUCCAUCAGCAGUACACAUUCGACCUGUCUGGUCUCUCACGACUGGACGAACUGAUGGAGGUGGAGCUGCGGGUUCUGAGGAGGCCACCGCCUGACGUCUUAAGUUUAAUCUCCCGUGGUGGGAACCUGUACCGACUUCUCCUUGGCACCUGCUCCCUCCCGGGAUCCUCUCACCAAUCUCUUCUCCUCACCUCCAGGACCAUUGAUCUUCUAGAUACCGCUUCAGCCACAUGGGAUGUGUUUGACGUUGGUGCAAGCGUGAAGACCCACCUCAAGUUGCACAGGACCGUGGAAGGCAGCAGGCCCUUGUGUUUCAGCAUAUCAGCCGUUUCGGAUUCAAAUAACGAGGCCGUGCAUCCCAGCAUGCUGGGUCUGAGCCACGUGGAUCAGCAGACCCAUGAAAGAGCCUUACUGGUGGCCUUUUCUCGAACUCGGAAAAAGGAGAACCUCUUUAGGGAGAUCCGUGAGAAGAUAAAGGCCAUGAAAAGUCGUAAAUUUCCCGCACGGGAGCAUGAUAUUAAAAGUCAUCCAAGACAUCGGCGGAGGAGACGGACAGCACUAGCAGGCCGUCCUGGUGUAGGACCUGUUACAGGAGGCGGCGGUGGAGGAAAGGGAGGUGGCAGACGGAGAACACGUUGCAGCCGGAAGCCGCUUCACGUGAACUUCAAGGAACUGGGUUGGGACGACUGGAUUAUUGCGCCACUAGAUUACGAAGCUUAUCACUGCGAGGGUUUGUGUGACUUCCCGUUGCGCUCACACCUGGAACCGACCAACCACGCCAUCAUCCAGACUCUCAUGAACUCCAUGGACCCAGAGUCCACCCCUCCAAGCUGUUGCGUUCCUUCUAAACUCAGUCCCAUCAGCAUCCUGUACAUUGACUCUGGGAAUAACGUCGUUUAUAAACAGUAUGAGGACAUGGUGGUGGAGAGUUGUGGGUGCAGGUAGCAAUGUGAGCGAGGGGUGAGCUACCCCUGGACCCUACGAAAGCUGCCGCUGCCUCAUACGCAGAGGCCAAGCACUGCAUUGUGGGCAAGACGAAGCAGUCAGAGCUGGUGAGAGGGACAGUGUGUAAAUGUGUGACAACGAGCAUGUGUGUAUGUUCAGACGGCGAUAAGAGUUGUGUUU